CUCUGUGUAUUUCCAUCUCUUGGACAAUUGACAAAUGUCAGUAAAGGCUCCCCUCUAGGUUGACUGUGCUGGCCAGUCAGAGUAUUGUCACAGCAGGGGCAAUAUUUAUCUUUCUAAUCUGCCAUGUUGUGUGGUGGGAAUGGCAUUGUGUAAAUCCAAAUGACACUGAAAACAGAAUUGUCUUCAUGACCAAACUCAAGCAGUGGAAAGGAGAAGUGCUUGCUCUUGCAGAGGUAUUAUUCUUUUCCCACAGCUAUGAUGACAUUUUAGGCAGGCAGCCAGUGCCAGUGAGUUCAUUCACAACGCAAACAUUGAGCUGAAUAGUGGCUCGACGCAGCAGGUGGCCUCUCGGGUCAAUUUACUCAUUAAGAUAUGGAUACACUGAACAAGAUCACAGCUCCUGCAAGUGCAAAACUUCGGUAAUGACGUGGAGGAAGAACAGUGGUCUGAAAAAGAGUUUGACAGUGACACUUAUGAGUUCCCUCAAGAGGAGAAGGAUGACAGCUAUGAGCCUCCUCCCUGUCAGAGAGUCUUCCCCUCCACUUCGUCUGCCUCCUUUCCCAGGGGGGAAUACAUAGGUGAGAUCUCGUCCACUCUGCCACACACACACAUGCACACAUACGCAGGCACUCACCCACACGCACAACCACACAAAACUACUACUUUAAAUGUGGAAGACACAUUUCAGUUGAAUGCAUUCAGUUGUACAACUGACUAGGUAUCCCCCUGUCCCCCAUACACACACACACAGUACACACACACAAAACUACCCAUCAUGCAGCCAUGCAUGCCAAGAUUCUAGGUAACAAAUGAAAGAAUACCAUGCCUGGCUAUUCAAGACUACUCUAUCCUCUAUCUACAUCUAUCUAUUUAAUGUAUAAGCUAUGUUUAGCUCAUGUUAGGAGGACUACUCUAUAUAAAUCAUAUAUUUGGCAUGCAUGAAGGAAACGGCUGAUAAUAUUUCUGAGUGACCGCUUGAAAUGACGCGGAAACAGCGUCGAUUCAACCAGUAUGUGCCCAGUGGGUAGUCAGUGGACAGUGACCGACACAGAGCGCCGCAAUGACCACGUGUUGUAGCGUUAUGCAAAUCCCGAUGUCCUGUUUCUGCUUUUGCUUCUCUUUUCCAGACAGCUGCCGCAGCAGGCCGGGAAGCCCCUCCCCCAGAAAGCCCGUCUGGCCUCCAAAGACCACCAAACCAUCACCGUCACCAUCACUGCCCCCUAAACCCAACCAGCAGGACUAUGAUGAAGAAGACUACUACGUCAGCCCAGAAAGUGACGACGAAGACGACUAUAUAAACCCCACAGAGGAAUCACCUGCUAACCGUCUGAUGCAUGGAAGAGGGAAACCAAUAACGAGCAGUCCUUCAAUGUCCAAGACUGUGCCAGAGCGCUCAAAUAGCCCAGAUGUGUAUGAAGUCCCUGACAUGGAGGAAAACUCUCCUCCCCCAGUGAGCAGACCUUCCACACUCCUCAGAGUCCCUAGACAGAGUUUGCCCCCUAGAGCCAGCCCAAGAAUGCACAUGAAGAGUUGUCAUCCAAUCCCAGUCCAGGAACCCAUAGAUGAUGCUGAAUAUGAAGCCUGCAAUCCAGAAUUAACUGGCAGUACAGCGUCCGGGCAAAAGCCCCUGCCUGCACUUCCCAAACCAAUGCCCAGAGAGACGAAGCCAUUGAAGCCAUAUUUUAGACCGAGGCCAGAUAUUGCAUCCGGGGGAAAUGAAGGCACAGCACUGGCCACGAGGCACAUUAACCAGAAACUCACGGCCACACCCCAGCCCUCUGAAUACAAGUGUGCCAAGAUUCCUCUGCCACAGAUGUUUACCUCUCACAAACCUGAUAGAGGAACUGUACCCACAGAUGAAAAUGCGUUAACAGAUGCUGAAGAGGGGACAGAUGUCUUGAGGAAACCCUGGUAUGCCAGCACCUAUGACCGUAAGACAGCUGAGGAUGCCUUGGUUCGCUCAAAUAAGGAUGGGUCCUUCCUCAUAAGGAAGAGCUCUGGCCAGGACACACAGCAGCCAUACACUUUAGUGGUGUUUUACAACAGUAGAGUCUACAACAUCCCAGUGCGCUACAUCCAAGCAUCGCAGCGAUACGCACUCGGGAAGGAGAAGAAAGGAGAGGAGCGUUUCACCAGUGUUUCCCACAUCAUUGAGAACCAUCAGAGGAACCCCUUGGUACUGAUUGACAGCCAGAGUAACUCCAAGGACUCUACCAAACUUUGCUAUGCUGUGAAUCCUUAGGCCUCACUAGAUCCUAACUAGUCCUAUGGAUCAUCAGGGAUUUAAGGUUCGGACUUGGGAGUCACAUUCCAAAUCAGUGCGUCUAGUGUAAGACCUGUGUGCAAGCCAUCAGGCAAUUUGAUGCUGCUCUCAGUUUGAAAUUACUGACCAUCUGUUCAGGGUUUGUGAGAAAGUUGGAUUAGUCUAGUCACAUUCACCCAGUCAUGGCUAUCCAAGCAAGACCAGAAUGAAAUUGACUUACUGUAAUGUGCUCUAGACAGACGGGUUGCUUUACGCAAUGUACCAAUGCUCCAGCUUAACACGUCUGUACGUCAUAUAACGUCAGUUGGACAUAGAGGAACUACAUCACCGCCUACUCUCCCUGCCAAUAUCCCCCGGCCACAAAAUAGAAGCUAUCAAGAUGAAGAUCAGAGGUUAUUUUUAAUGAGUGCAUUUGGUAAUUGGCUAGAUUGCAUCAACUACCUUCACUAAAACCACUGCAAAGGUUUUGCCUGCAAACUUUGAAUCGUGAUUUGAUGGGAGAGGUGCCUGUCUGAAGAGGACCCUCCCGGAACAAUUUUUUUUCCCUCUUUUCGAAAUGUACUAAGUCAGUCCGUCAUGAUUACCGGACCCUAGUCAAUGCUGUUGCCUAGGGUCAUGUUUCCGGGACUGGUACUGUGCCAAUUCAGUAAAAUAGUUCAUGUGUGUACAUUUUAAAACGUGUGUUGAACAUUUUGCAUUCUAUGGGGUUUUUUCUACCAACCAAACAUGGCCCCUCGAAUAGUGCCAUGAUGUAUUCUUAAAGAAUAUAAUAUUGUAGAAAUAUUAUAAAUAGAAAGUAACUACAGUAAGUGUGAAUGGUGUAUGAUGCUGGAAAGCAACACCAAUAGAACAAAAAAAUAUCUGCAGCAUUGAGUUUUAUACUAUAUUCUUGAGUUGUGUUCAUUAACUCAAAAUGAUUGAUAUACCUUUCCUUUCUUAAUUGUGUUACCCAACUUACAUACAUAUUCAAUAAUCACACAUAUAUUGUCAAACUAUUUGUAUUUAUUGAUCUGUACAACACAUAAUGCUACCAGGUGUGUAUCAAGAUAAAUACAUAUUCAUUGUGUAAAGGUCAGGCACUUGGAGAAAAACAAAUAUUUCUUAAGUCAAAAUUGUACCUCUUUCCCUGACUACUAUUCCAAACCAGGUACGUCCUAUAAUUCAUCCAUGCCAGAGAGAGAGAGAGAGAGAAAGAGAUGCCUAGAGGGGCUGCUGAACAUACGCGCCAUUACAAUGAUGCACUGUGAUUGUGAUGUAGAGAGACACUUUGACAGUUAUCUGUUUAAAUGCAGAAAUACAUGGUGGAUGACUAAUGCUGACGUGUGCAAGCAGAAAUGGUAUGGUCAGAAAGAUGUGCUAUGUGUAUUUAUGAUUUGGGUCCAUUUGACCAAUGGUCCUGUGCUGACUAACUAAAAGUAUCCCUUUCCAUGGACACUUUCAGAACAUAAGGAAACAUACAGUAACAUGCAUAUCAAUAUUGUCAUAAGCUUCAUAAAGUGAGAUAAUGGGAAGAAAUAGUCACUGUCUGUUCAUAAUCCUAUUAAAAAAAACAUAAUAAUUUCAA